AUGUCUGUAAACGGCGCAAGCACCAGCAAGGCUCCGGCCCAGGACCCUCGAGCACCUCCACCGCUGGUUAAGGUUCAACCAGCUCGGAUGAACGAUCUGCAGCCCAAGUACGCUGCGCGAAUCCAACACGAUGAUGAUAACCCCGAUGCGCAUGGCUGGUAUGCUGGUUUCAUCCACAGUCUGGGUGAAUGUAUCGGUUUCUUCGGAGCUAUCCCCUGCUGCUUCUGCUGCCCCAACCCCUUCAAGCCUGUCGACCAGGGUGCCGUUGGUUUGAUCUCACGAUUCGGCCGCUUCGAGCGCUCCGUCGACCCUGGUCUGGUCAAAGUCAACCCGCUCAGUGAACAUAUCACCACGGUGGAUGUGAUGAUUCAAAUCGUUGAGGUGCCUCGUCAGGUCUGCAUGACCAAGGAUAAUGUCACCCUUAACCUGACCUCAGUCAUCUACUACGAAGUAGUCUCCCCCCACAGGGCCGCUUUCGGUAUCAGCAACGUGAGACAAGCUCUCAUUGAACGUACCCAGACCACACUGCGCCAUGUGAUCGGCGCCCGGGUGUUGCAGGACGUCAUCGAGCGCCGCGAGGAGAUCGCUCAGUCGACAUCGGAGAUUAUCGAGGAGGUCGCCUCCGGCUGGGGUGUGAAGGUCGAGUCGAUGCUCAUCAAAGACAUCAUCUUCAGCAGCGAUCUGCAAGAUUCACUCUCCAUGGCUGCACAGUCUAAGCGUAUCGGUGAAAGCAAGGUCAUCGCGGCUCGUGCUGAGGUCGAGUCGGCCAAGUUGAUGCGACAGGCCGCCGACAUUCUGUCUUCCGCCCCCGCUAUGCAAAUCCGCUACCUUGAGGCAAUGCAGGCCAUGGCCAAGACUGCCAACAGCAAAGUCAUCUUCUUGCCUGCCCCAGGCCAGACUGUGCAGACCCAGCUUAGUGCUGCCGAAAACGCAGGCGAAGGCCCCAGCAAGUACGGCAUCACAUCCCAAGGGGAUGGCGGGCUCCAGCAUGCAGUGAAUGCCCGAGUUGUGGAAGACAUCUAG